GCAGGGCGGCGGGACGGGGCGAGGCCAUGCCGCGGGGCCGGGCGCUGCCGGGGGCCGUGGGGGCGCUGUGCCGGGCCCUGCCGCCCCGGGCCCGGCUGGUGCCCGAAGCCCUGCGCCGGGCCAAGUUGGACCGGCCUCAGGCGACCCUGGAUUUCUGGAGGCUGCUCUAUGCUCUCCUGAAACAAAUCCACGGAAGCAAGUGGACCGAGUGUGAUGCCAUAGAUACCCAAAUUAGGUUUGUAAAGUCGGCGCUGUGGUACCAUGGCUAUGGCAGGCCAGAGCUCUAUCGGCUCCCCUCCGAUGGCUCAGCAGGUAGCCAGGAGCUGCUGCUGGCAUUUUCCUGGCUGCUGCACAGAAUCAGCCUCUUGGAACAGCUCUUGGCUCGGAACAGAGUGAGGACUGGAGAUGAAACCUCUGUGUGCAUGUGUGAAGAUGAUCUGUCUCAGAGCGAGAAGGGUACAACUGAAAUAGCACCUGAAUAUGGGCCAGAAGACAGAGUUGACGUUCGAUACCUUCAGUGGCUAAGUGGGAGGCUGAGGUUCCAGUGGCGGAGUUUGCAUGCUCAGCACCAAGAGCAAUGCAAACUUUUACAUAAGAUCCAUGUACUCACCACUGGCUCUCAUGUGGACCAGAUCCUUGGACAUUUUUCUGUCGCAGAAAUGGAUCUCAUCAGACAGCCAGAGAACUACAAGCAGCUGGUACAACUUCUGGAGUUGGAAACCAUGCAACUAGAAGCCUUUCUGGAGUGGAAGCAACUGGAACCGGUUUAUUGGCAGUGGAUGGAAACUGUGUUAGAUAAUAUGGCUGAAGAGGGAAAUAUGUGCAAGCUACAGGAUACUCACACAGAGAAAAGCAGGCUGCCAAAGGUGACCUCGUGCUGCCCCUGGGCUGGCAGUCUGACUGGGCAAAUCAGCAAAUUAUCCAGAGAUCUGAUGGCUCUCCGCGACCAGCUACAUGAGCUUGUAACUCACCGAAGGUCGACAUGGGAGGAGAAGGUGAAAACGAGAGCAGAAGAUCUACAGAAAGAGGACUUCGCUGCUACAGUUAGAAAGAUCCAGGAAGCUGUGGAACUGAAACUGCUAGAUCUUUCAAACUUGUGUGCUCCAAAAAAAAAUAAAAUGCAUGGUUUGUGCAGGCUGGUGUAUAGAAGCAAGCAUUCUGCCGGCAAAAUAGGCUUCAGCAGAUCCGUAUCCAAGGAGCCUGCUCCAGCUGUCAGUGCUACAGAGGUGAUCAGAGAGCUGCAGAUGAGAGAGGCCAGCCUGCAGAGAGAGCUGAAGCAGCUGCGGGAGGAGUGCAGGCAGAGGCUGGACGAAAUUGCAGAAGGGUUGGACGGAGUGAUUUGUGUCUCCCCUUGAAGAGAUAAAGCUGGACUGAGAAGAGCAAAGGAGUAGUCUUGUUUGAUCAGAACACAUUUGUGCAGCUUGGUAUGGGGGAGUGCAAGGUGAGGAACCAAAUGUGAUUUCUAAUUUGUAAGCCUGGGAAUCAUAACUUAUUACUGCUUUGUGACUUGCACUGGUGCCAUAACCUUGGUGGUUCUCUCUGCAGCCUCUUUAUUGCUAACCUUGCCAAUUAAAUACUGCAGCAGGCCUUAGUUGGGAGUGUGCUUAAAUCUCCCUUUCAUCUUUCAGAUUUCUAGUUCUUCUGCCAAGCACUGGGCUCUUUCAGAAUGCUCAGCUGCCAGACACGGCAUAUUUUGAGGCUGCAGAUUGAAGUACUAAUUGCAUUCAACAUUUUCCAGCAAGUGGAAGUGUUCAUUAGUCAAAAAAAAAUCCAGGUAUUGGAGAACGUGUGAAGUACUGAGGCUCAGAGAUUAGAAAUGUUUGAGAAAGUGAGCUAUUUUAAUUCAUCUGGUUUGCAUAUUUGUGGCAGCUAUAAUGCAGUCACCGUAAGGAAAAACAAAUGCAUAAUAAUAAAUAAGGCAGCACACCGUUUUCAUUUGCUGCUGUGAUGCACUUCAAGUAAUUGGGUUCUCAAAGAGAACAGACUAGAAACCAAUUCCACCAAGUUAUGAGUCACAGGGAGGUAAGUUAUGGAUCUGCUGUAGGGAAGUUUCUGUAAAAUAGAAGCAUGGCCCUAGCUUCCAAGCUUGAGGAGUCUCCGAGCUCUGUCUCUGGAGGCUCCUUUCAGUGGAAUAUGCAAAUGUUUUCACUUGGCAUGCAUUUCCUGCCCUUCUCUGUUUUGCUUUCUCCAAGGAAUAUUUUUAUAUUCUAGUUGUACACUUUCAGGAAUAAAUGAGUA